AGAUGCAGCAAUAGAAUAGUCUUACCUUGGGACUAGUUGCAUGCUAACAGAGAGAAAGAGAGUUUCUCCGUCCGCGACGCGUCUCUCAGUGUUCUCCCAACUUCCGUCGGGUUAUUCUAUAAAUACUGUCAGACAAGAGAGUGUCAUUUACAUUUCAAGACAUUUUGAUAUCAGCAAUUGUGAGAUGAUGUGCAGCUUUAUUGCGAAAUCUUGAACGUUUCUACUCUCUUUGGAAUCAUCAUCAGCAAGUUAUACAUAAUGAACGAUCAAUGUUGGUUAAACGAUCUACUUGAGCAAUGGAAGAAAAGAUUAACAUUAUCCGACACAACAACCAACGCCGUGAUGUACGUAGACGUUCUUCAGACAACGGUACCAACAAUCGACACCAUUGUGUGCGUAGAAGAUUUUCUUCAGACAGCGAUAGCAACGAUCACCAAGAACGCAGGAACAUUGAUAUCAGUCGACUCCAUCGUGUGCGUAGAAGACUUAAUUUCGACGAUGGUGACAACGACAACCCACAGGAACGUGAGAAUAUCAACAAUCAUUUUUUAGAAGAAAGGCGAAUACAAUUGGAAGAGGCCAUGAAGAAGUGGGAUUUCGAUUUUCUGCGCGGAAGGCCAGUGGAGAAUCCUGUUCGUUAUGAAUGGGUACAACUUGAUGAACAAGGAAAUGAAAUUUUGAAUUUAAGAUAAAUAUUAGGAUAAAUUCACGAGAAGAAUGCGCAGAGAAAACAGAAAAUAAUGCAGAAAAUUCGUUUAACCAAUCGACUAAUGAAAAAAAAAAAAACAAUACGGCAAAAGAAUCAAAUUGUGAUAUUAUUUGAUAAUAAGCAAAUUUUAAUUACGACAUUGUAAUUUUUCAAGCGUAA